AAUGGUACCUUCAUAUGCAGACGUAAGAAUUAAAUGAGAUGUGUUUAUGCACAUUUUUUUUUUCUUUUAAGGUUGAUUUGAAAGGCAGAGUGACAGAGAUCUUCCAUUCUUCCAUCCACUGGUUCACUCCUCAAAUAUCUGCAACAGCCAGGCCUGGGUCAAGCCAAAGACAGGAGCCAGGAGCUUCUUCUGUGUCUCUCAGUCAGAUCAUGAGGAUAGCAAGGGCAGCCCAAAGAGGAGCGCUGUAACAGACAUCCAACCGUUGGGGCGACACUGGAUUUGCAAUGGAGGCUCCCCCGGUAGCCAAGUUUGGCGAGGCCUUUGCGUUUGAGGACAGACUGGAGGCCCAGCAAGAGCUGUUCCCAGGGGAGGACCUCCGGGACCCUUUUCUCCAGGAGAGAGGCUUGGAGCAAAUGUCUGUCAUCUACAAGGAGAUCCCUCUUGGAGGGCAGGAUGAGGAGCGGGAUGACUACGAGGGGGAUUUCAGCCUGUGCCCGAGCCCCGUGCAGCCUCUGAGCCCUUCCCCAGGAGUCAGAUCCCCCAGUGAGGAGCUGUUUGGCCAGGCUUUCCUCCAGAAAUCGGACCUCAGCCUGUGUCAGAUAAUCCGCCGUGGAGAAGACGCCAGUCCAGGCGACUGCCAGGACGUGGGCAGGGGGCACCCGGGACCCAAGGCCCCUCACAGGGCCCCGCCGCCGGCCAAGCCCUAUGCGUGCCGCGAGUGUGGCAAAGCGUUCAGCCAGAGCUCGCACCUUCUCCGGCACCUGGUGAUCCACACCGGCGAGCGGCCGUACGAGUGCUGCGAGUGCGGCAAGGCCUUCAGCCAGAGCUCGCACCUCCUGCGGCACCAGGUCAUCCACAGUGGGGAGAAGCCCUACGGCUGCCCCGAGUGCGGGAAGGCCUUCCGCCAGAGCUCCGCCCUCACGCAGCACCGCAAGACGCACACUGGGAAGCGGCCCUACGCGUGCGGGCAGUGCGCCAAGGCCUUCAGCCGGAGCUCCAGCCUGCGCAAGCAUGAGCGCAUCCACACGGGGGAGAGGCCUUACCGCUGCCAGGAGUGCGGGAAGUCCUUCAACCAGAGCUCCGGCCUGAGCCAGCACCGCAAGAUCCACACCCUGAAGAAGCCGCACGCGUGCGAGCUGUGCGGCAAGGCCUUCUGCCACAGGUCCCACCUCGUCCGGCACCAGCGCGUUCACACCGGGAAGAAGCCCUACGCCUGCGACGAGUGCGGCAAAGCCUUCAGCCAGAGCUCCAACCUCAUCGAGCACCGCAAGACGCACACCGGCGAGAAGCCCUACGCGUGCCACAAGUGUGGCAAGGCCUUCAGCCAGAGCUCGUCGCUCAUUGAGCACCAGCGCGUCCACACUGGCGAGAAGCCCUUCGAGUGCCCCGAGUGCGGCAAGGCCUUCGGGCACAGCUCGGCGCUCAUCCAGCACCAGCGCAUCCACACCGGCAAGAAGCCCUACGCGUGCGAGUGCGGCAAGGCCUUCCGCCACCGCUCGGCACUCAUCGAGCACUACAAGACGCACACGCGGGAGAAGCCCUACGUGUGCAAUCGCUGCGGCAAGGCCUUCAGGGGCAGCUCACACCUGAUCCGGCAUCAGAAGGUCCACGCUGCUGCCGCCGCCGCUGCGCGGUAGGAAGACGCCCACAUCCGCCUCGUGGUGUCUCCAGGACCCCUCCCGCCUCCCCGCUGACAGAGUCCCCCCACCUCCGCCGGCGGGAAGGGAGCUGCGGCUGCAGGGAGGCGAGCCCCGAGAGGGGACUGCCUCUCCCUCUUCUCCGCGUACUCCCGUCCGCCUCCAGAGCCUGCGAGACAUCCUUGUGCCCUCUCUGCUUUCCCCCAGAAUCUAGGAAGACAGAAUGGGAACCCGGAAAAUGGCUGAUGAACUGUUAUUUUUAAUUUUUUUUUUCUACCUUGUAGUCUGGUACUUCCAGGAGCUUCAGAAACAGCUUAAAAAAAAAAAAAAAGACAGGAAAAAGUGGCCACAUCGAGUUCUCUGCCAGCUUGGGGUAUAGGCUGCCAGAACAGGCUAAGGGAGCCAAGGAGGGUCUGGGAGCCUGGGUGCUGGGAUCGAGGCUGAGGGGCGUGGUCUUAACCUCCUCCUGGGGUGGGGGUAGGGGGAGGUGGUUUGUGUCCCUGGCCUGCCACAGGGGGCAGGCAGCUGGCCCUGUGGCCAGCAGAUGCUUGAGGCUGGCUGACUCAGCCCAGGCACUGGACACUGUUGCCUUCGAGGAUCAUGCCCAAGACCACAAUGUGCCUUGGGCAUCAACCUGGUCUGGUACACAUGGUGGAUCCUGUGGCUACCCCAACGCACGUCCCCAGUGUCGGGGGAUGUGGCUCUGUGGAGGGGCUUGUGGCUUAGUCAAGUGGGGUUCAGGGGUCAGCUCCGCCCCUCCCACCCAUUUGACCUUGAGCAUGGCCUCCCCCAGGCUCCAUUGGCCCAUCUGUGAGAUGGGGGUGAGGGGACCUGGCUUGGUACCUCUUAGGGUUGGUGUGAGGCUCUUGCUCAGAGUGGAGCCACGUGGCCAGAGACCCCGAGGGACCCCUGCCCGCAGUCUGGAGGUGUGUCCCCGUCUGGUUUCUGAAACAGCAGGGUUUGCAGCAGACUCUCGCUGGUCAAGGCUGCCCCUUGCCGCCUCGAGCUCGAAGCCUGCAGGUGUCGCGUGCUGCUGUGUCGUCCACACACAGGCUUGAGCACGUCCCGGGCAGCUCCCAGUGUCUGAGCCAAGCUGGGAGGCCAUUCUGCCCCAGGGCCCCGGGAGAGGGCUUGGACAGACAGUGUCCGGCUGAUGACCCCAGCUUCAGCAUCUCUCCUUGUUCGCUCCUCCACGCUCCUUGGAUCUAGUGGUGGGAGUGGCAGUCUGAGCCGCGGUGAAGGGUUCCCAACGUUUCCGGCUGGACUCACGUGAACCCAGCGCUGCUGCCGCUGCUCACUUCAGCUGAUCAGAAUCUCAGUGUGGCAUCACCUGUAGCUCUGAUGAAUAAACCUAAGACUGCCAUACCGGUUACUUAGUAAGUAGGACGUGGCAGGCCAGAGAAUUCAAAAUGACAGACGUGAUGAGCCAGAGAGCUCCCAGCAGGCACCUUGGCUGCCUCGGCGCGGCCUGUGUCUGUGUGGCAUCACUCUGUGGCACCCAGCAGCCCAGUGUCCCCCCAGAAUCCGUUGCAUGACCAAUGGGACUGUGGAGGCCCGGGGACCGACUCUGUCUGCAGGCAGCCCAUCUGCAGGGUCUCUUUCCAUUUCUGGAGUGUGAAGAGAGGAUGCGCCUUGUAGCCGGGCAGCUGGCGGCGUUGGGCAGGGGCCCCUGAAAGAGCUACCUCUGCUGCUCCAUCUCUUGUUGGUCAGGCCUGUCCUGCUCCUACAGAGCCCCUCCCUCGCCAUCUGUCCCCCACAGCCCAGCCAAAUUGAUUUUCAGAGCAUCAUUUUGCACACAUCACCACCCUCCUUAAAAGCGCUGGUGGAUGGCUUUCCCGCAGCUCCACACUGGUGUCAGCAGAUCCCUGUUCCCUGACUCUGAGUCAGUCACCUGCAGCUCAGGCCGCCCCCUGCUGGACACCUUCUGCACCCACACCCAGCUUUUCAGUCCUCUGUCCCCUGCCCACCUCAUAUUAUAUGCACUUUCUCUUCCUCCGGCUCCCUCCCUCUCUUCACAUAACAGAAGGAUUAAGACCCCACUCCCCACCCCCUUGCGAGGGUUCACAGAGUCUCAAGUGAGCAAGGUAAGACCAGUGAGCAGAGCCUGGUUCCUUCGGUUCAAAUUCUUGGCACUGUUGUGUGUUUUUAAAGAAGCCCUUUGCUUUGGAGUCUCAAAGAAUGUCAGCUUCUAAGGGGUUGUCCCCGUCAACAUGGGGGUCAUCUCUUCAUUUGGUUGUUCUCGUUGUCUUACAUUUUCCCUCUUCUCAUGGAAGUGGCUUACUUAGGUGUUGAAUGUUCUAAGACGCCAACUCGUGAUGUUAUUUUGCAAACUCAAUUGUUCUGCCAAAGUCUCCUCUCUUCUGGGAAAAAAAUUGGCUUAAAUACUUUGCCAUUCUACUUAGAUAUAAUCAUAUUUUUGAUAUUUCUGGUACAUUGUGAUUUUUUUCUUAGAGUUAUGACUUUGCACUCCAUAAGUCUUGACAUGUGAUUUUUUUGUUAUGCUAAUAAGAAUUUCCUUUGGGUUCAAGGGUUACUAUUUUUUAAAAAAUAUUUCCAAAUGAUGAUUACUGAGGUCAUCAAUGCUGCUUAUUUCUCAUGGACCUGUGGCAUCAACAUGUCUUCAGUGUCCGUAGAACUUCUUUGGGGUUGGAUAUAUUAUCAGUUUUUAUAAAACAUUUGUGUACUCUCAGAAAAAUGUGUUUUUUUAUUC